AGGGCAAAUAUUAACGCCUUCGGGAAUUUGUCAAUACUCUAAGUCCAAAAUAACCUGUAGGCCUGGACAAAUUUUAUCAGAAUCUGGCGUAUGUAUAUAUCCUCAAACACCAGCAACAACUCCAAGACCCACUUGUCCACCCGGACAAAUCCCAUCUCUAUCUGGAAGUUCUUGCGAAUUUCCAAAAACUCCUCGUCCCACUUACCCAACAGUCCCAACACAACGUCCAUAUUGUCCUUUUGGAACAAGAUUGUCCCCAAGUACCAAUAAAUGUGAACCAAUCCAACAAACUACAGGAUAUAUGUAUCCAACACCAUCAAUAACCUUCCCCACCUCCACACCUAGCCCAAAGUGUAAACCUGGACAAAGCUUAUCCCCAACAGGGAUCUGUGUAUAUCCAAACAAACCUACAUCAACCCCUACUUGCAGGCCGGGUCAAAUUAAAACUAGCACUGGAGUUUGCGAAUACCCUUCCAAAAAGACACCAUGUUCUCCUGGCCAAUUUUUAUCAGAUAAUGGAGAUUGUGUAUAUCCCUCUUCCUCUACUCCUAAACCACAAAUCACUUGCCUACCAGGGCAAAUAUUAACACCUUCGGGAGUUUGUCAAUAUUCUAAGUCCAAAAUCACCUGUAGGCCUGGACAAGUUUUAUCAGAAUCUGGCGUAUGUAUAUAUCCUCAAACACCAGCAACAACUCUAAGACCCACUUGUCCACCCGGACAAAUCCCAUCUUUAUCUGGAAGUUCUUGCGAAUUUCCAAAAACUCCUCGUCCCACUUACCCAACAGUCCCAACACAACGUCCAUAUUGUCCUUUUGGAACAAGAUUGUCCCCAAGUACCAAUAAAUGUGAACCAAUUCAACAAACUACAGGAUAUGUCUAUCCAACACCUUCGAUAACAUUCCCCACCUCCACACCUAGCCCAAAGUGUAAACCUGGACAAAGCUUAUCCCCAACAGGGAUCUGUGUAUAUCCAAACAAACCUACAUCAACCCCUACUUGCAGGCCGGGUCAAAUUAAAACUAGUACUGGAGUUUGCGAAUACCCUUCCAAAAAGACACCAUGUGCUCCUGGCCAAUUUUUAUCAGAUAAUGGAGAUUGUGUAUAUCCCUCUUCCUCUACUCCUAAACCCCAAAUAACUUGCCUACCAGGGCAAAUAUUAACACCUUCGGGAGUUUGUCAAUAUUCUAAGUCUCAAAUCACCUGUAGGCCUGGACAAGUUUUAUCAGACUCUGGCGUAUGUAUAUAUAAUCAAACACCAUCAGCAACUCUAAGACCCACUUGUCCACCCGGACAAAUCCCUCUUUAUCUGGAAGUGCUUGCGAAUUUCCAAAAACUCCUCGCCCCACGUACCCAACAGUCCCAACACAACGUCCAUAUUGUCCAUUUGGAACCAGAUUAUCCCCAAGUACAAAUAAAUGUGAACCUAUCCAACAAACUACAGGAUAUGUCUAUCCAACACCUUCGAUAACAUUCCCCACAUCCACACCUAGCCCAAAGUGUAACCCUGGACAAAGCUUAUCCCCAACAGGGAUCUGUGUAUAUCCAAGUAAACCUACAUCAACCCCUACUUGCAAGCCGGGUCAAAUUAAAACUAGCACUGGAGUUUGCGAAUACCCUUCCAAAAAGACACCAUGUUCUCCUGGCCAAUUUUUAUCAGAUAAUGGAGAUUGUGUAUAUCGCUCUUCCUCUACUCCUAAACCCAAAAUCACUUGCCUACCAGGGCAAAUAUUAACACCUUCGGGAGUUUGUCAAUAUUCUAAAUCCAAAAUCACCUGUAGGCCUGGACAAGUUUUAUCCGAAUCUGGCGUAUGUAUAUAUCCUCAAACACCAUCAACAACUCUAAGACCCACUUGUCCACCCGGACAAAUCCCAUCUUUAUCUGGAAGUUCUUGCGAAUUUCCAAAAACUCCUCGUCCCACUUACCCAACAGUCCCAACACAACGUCCAUAUUGUCCUUUUGGAACAAGAUUGUCCCCAAGUACCAAUAAAUGUGAACCAAUCCAACAUACUACAGGAUAUAUGUAUCCAACACCAUCAAUAACAUUCCCAACCUCCACACCUAGCCCAAAGUGUAAACCUGGACAAAGCUUAUCCUCAACAGGGAUCUGUGUAUAUCCAAACAAACCUACAUCAACCCCUACUUGCAGGCCGGGUCAAAUUAAAACUAACACUGGAGUUUGCGAAUACCCGUCCAAAAAAAUACCUUGUUCUCCUGGUCAAUUUUUAUCAGAUAAUGGAGAUUGUGUAUAUCCCUCUUCCUCUACUCCUAAACCCCAAAUAACUUGCCUACCAGGACAAAUAUUAACACCUUCGGGAGUUUGUCAAUAUUCUAAAUCCAAAAUCACCUGUAGGCCUGGACAAGUUUUAUCAGAAUCUGGCGUAUGUAUAUAUCCUCAAACACCAGCAACAACUCUAAGACCCACUUGUCCACCCGGACAAAUCCCAUCUUUAUCUGGAAGUUUUUGCGAAUUUCCAAAAACUCCUCGUCCCACUUACUCAACAGUCCCAACACAACGUCCAUAUUGUCCAUUUGGAACCAGAUUAUCCCCAAGUACAAAUAAAUGUGAACCUAUCCAACAAACUACAGGAUAUGUCUAUCCAACACCUUCGAUAAAAUUCCCCACUUCCACACCUAGCCCAAAGUGUAAACCUGGACAAAGCUUAUCCCCAACAGGGAUCUGUGUAUAUCCAAGCAAACCUACAUCAACCCCACUUGCAGACCGGGUCAAAUUAAAACUAGCACUGGAGUUUGCGAAUACCCUUCCAAAAAGACACCAUGUUCUCCUGGCCAAUUUUUAUCAGAUAGUGGAGAUUGUGCAUAUCCCUCUUCAUCUACUCCCAAACCUCAAAUUACUUGCCCACCAGGACAAAUUUUAACACCUUUUGGAAUGUGUCAAUAUUCUAAAUCCAAAAUCACCUGUAGGCCUGGACAAGUUUUAUCAGAAUCUGGCGUAUGUAUAUAUCCUCAAACACCAGCAACAACCCUAAGACCUACUUGUCCUCCCGGACAAAUUCCCUCUUUAUCUGGAAGUGCUUGCGACUUUCCAAAAACUCCUCGUCCCACGUACCCAACAGUCGCAACACAACGUCCUUAUUGUCCUUUUGGAACUAGAUUAUCCCCAAGUACAAAUAAAUGUGAACCUAUCCAACAAACUACAGGAUAUGUCUAUCCAACACCUUCAAUAACAUUCCCCACCUCCACACCUAGCCCAAAGUGUAAACCUGGACAAAGCUUAUCCCCAACAGGGAUCUGUGUAUAUCCAAGCAAACCUACAUCAACCCCCACUUGCAGGCCGGGUCAAAUUAAAACUAGCACUGGAGUUUGUGAAUAUCCGUCAAAAAAGACACCAUGUUCUCCUGGCCAAUUUUUAUCAGAUAAUGGAGAUUGUGUAUAUCCCUCUUCCCCUACUCCUAAACCCCAAAUCACUUGCCUACCAGGGCAAAUAUUAACACCUCUUGGAGUUUGUCAAUAUUCUAAAUCCAAAAUCACCUGUAGGCCUGGACAAGUUUUAUCAGAAUCUGGCGUAUGUAUAUAUCCUCAAACACCAGCAACAACCCUAAGACCUACUUGUCCUCCCGGACAAAUUCCCUCUUUAUCUGGAAGUGCUUGCGACUUUCCAAAAACUCCUCGUCCCACGUACCCAACAGUCCCAACACAACGUCCAUAUUGUCCUUUUGGAACAAGAUUAUCCCCAAGUACCAAUAAAUGUGAACCUAUCCAACAAACUACAGGAUAUAUCUAUCCAACACCUUCAAUAACAUUCCCCACCUCUACACCUAGCCCAAAAUGUAAACCUGGACAAAGCUUAUCCCCAACAGGGAUCUGUGUAUAUCCAAACAAACCUACAUCAACCCCUACUUGCAGGCCGGGUCAAAUUAAAACUAGCACUGGAGUUUGCGAAUACCCGUCCAAAAAGACACCAUGUUCGCCUGGUCAAUUUUUAUCAGAUAAUGGAGAUUGUGUGUAUUCCUCUUCAUCUACUUCCAAACCCCAAAUUACUUGCCGUCCAGGACAAAUUUUAACACCUUCUGGAGUUUGUCAAUAUUCCAUGUCCAAAAUUACCUGUAGACCUGGACAAGUUUUAUCAGAAUCUGGCAUUUGUAUAUAUCCCCAACCGCCAACAACUACAUCAAGAACAACGUGCCCUCCCGGUCAAAUUCUAUCCUUGUCUGGUAGUGCUUGCGAGAUUCCAAAAACAUCUCGUCCGACUAUUCCAACAAUCUCCACGCUACGUCCAUAUUGUCCUUUCGGGACAAGAUUGUUUCCCAGUACAAAAAAAUGUGAACCUAUUCAACAAACUACAGGGUAUGUCUAUCCGACACCAUCAGUAACAUUUCCCACUCCAACACAAUGCCCUGCAGGUCAAAUAAAAAAUGUCUUAGGGAAAUGUGAACUUGUGUCUCUAAUUUGUCCUCCUGGUUACAUUAAAACUAGUUUUGGUAAAUGCGAAUCAAUUAAAGCUACUGUAGAUUGUCCUCUAGGGUAUGAAAAAAGUGCUGAAGGGAAUUGCGUACGUUCCAAAUCCACACCUUGUCCUUCUGGUAAAUUUAGAACGCCUUUUGGUGAAUGUAGAGACAUAAAAUGUCCAAACGGUAGUUCUCGAUCACCAAAUGGCCAAUGCACUUAUCCUAAUCCUACAGGCCAACCUACAGACACGAACACCCAUAAUAUUCCAUCUUAUCCUACUGAACAACCUUACAGGCCUCCCACGACCGACGAUGGUUACCACUAUGACAGGCCUGAUCCACCCUUUGAGCUACCUAGCACUGAUAGCUCUGAAAAUAUUCCCGGACCAACAACCGAACAUGAAGGCAUGGAUUCUAAAAUCAAAGAAUCAAUACGUUUACCCGAUCACAAAGAAGAGAACGCUGAAUCUGCCAACAAUAACGACGUCUUUAUUUCCACGAAAAAGCCUACCAGAGGUCCUACGAAAGGACCAACCAGAGGUCCUACCAAAGGACCUACUAGAAGACCUCCACCAGAUACCGGAGACGAAAUCCAAGCCCCAGCAGGUUGUGCUGCCGCCUUGAAAUGUGUCCAAGAGAUUUAUUGUACUGCCGAAGGAGUGGUCUCACCGGUGCCUGUUGUUCUUAGUAAAGAACAGGAAAUUUUGCGAGUUCCGACAACCGCAUGCAGAGACAUAGAAACUGGUAUCUUGGGUAAAUGCUGCCGCGAUCCCAACUACAAAGAUCCAUGGCCAUCUGCAAACCUAGUCGACGGAAUUGAUGAUGGUCAGUACAAAGAAGAUAACUUCUACGGCCAACACCAACUUCUGAACACCAACAGAUUGGCGAGAAAUGCUACCAGAGGAGUAAAAGGAAUCAGAAGGCAGACUGUUAAGAGAGUUGAGGAUGAAAUCAGAGCUGCGCAACCAACUUGUGGAGGAAGGAACUUGAACACAAAUCCAGUGGGGCCAGGACCCUUAGAUGCUAAUUUCGCCGAAUAUCCAUGGCAAGCCAUGAUUUUGAGAGAUACCAACCGCAGCUUACUUUGUGGAGGUGCCAUCAUUGCUAGAGACGCAGUACUCACUGCUGCCCAUUGCAUUGAAGGGUUACAAACGUCCGACGUCCUUGUCAAAGGUGGAGAAUGGAAAUUAGGUAUUGAUGAAGAGCCAUUACCGUUCCAGAUCAUUAAAGUAGCUGCUAUAGUUAGGCAUCCAUCAUACAAACAAGACGGAUACGACUUGGCUAUCUUGAAACUGACGGAGAAAUUCAGAUUAAGCAAGAACGUGGGUACCAUCUGUUUACCGGAUGCAAAGGCUGCACGAGAAUCAUACGGUAACUGUAAAGUUACGGGAUGGGGAAAACGCAUUUUACAAUUGCAUGCUAGAGGCGCCAUAAUGCACCACAUCGAUGCACAGUUAAUCGAUAAGAAGCAAUGUACAGAUACUGUGAAUGAGAAGUUCCAAGAUUCAGCAUCAACGCUUAAAGAUCAUACGUUGUGUGUUACUUCAGAUAUCGAUCAGUGCAAGGUCGAUUACGGUAGUGCUUUAGCCUGUACAAACGACCAAGGUAAAUACGUCCUAUCAGGAAUAUACGCCUGGGAUACAGGCUGCAGACAAGAAGGCCAAAUAGGUGGCUACAUUCCAACGGACGUCAAAUGGGUCGAAGAAAGUCUAAGAAAACCUUUGAAAGAGUUGAGACGGUUAGAUAGAGAAUAUUUGCUCAACAGCAACAAAUAACUUAGCAAAAACGAAUUGUUAUAGUCCUUUGUAGAGAUAUAAGCAUUACUGAAGAGAAACAAUUUUAUAUUACUGUAAAUUUUUGUUAUGUAAAUACUUAUAAUAAACAUGUGAUAGAUGUAUUACAAAUAUCUUCGGACUUUAUUUAUUUAAGGUUUAAGAAUGCCAGUAACUUUUUUGUAUAUUUUUUGUAUUAUUUAAUUUUAACAAAAACUGCCAUAUUGUCUAUUUUGUAAAUUUUCUCUAGCUACCUACUAUGUUAAGUUUGUACGAAAAUUAAAAAGGGAAUAAACAGCAAUUAAUAAUUUUCUACCAGUUUUGAUUCUAAAUGUAGCUUAAAUGUUAAACAAAAUAGGUUAAGUGUAAUAUAAUAAAAAUAUAGGUACCUA